AUGUUUGAAUAUUCUUCUUCGUCUUCUCCUUCCCGAAUAAUAUUAACUCUUGAUGCUGCUCUUCAAACCUUCUCCCUUUUUUCGGAAAGCACUUACCAUGUGAUGAUGAUUGAAAAGAACAAUUGUCGUGGUAGUGGUGAUAGUGGUGGUGAAAAUCAUGAUCCGAACGCUUGUUUUCAUCGCUCACUCACCAAUCUCAAUCAUCUUUCAUCAUCAUCGUUAUUGCCCAUUUCAAAAACAACACAUUCAUCAUCACCACCCCUACAAAUAUGGUCUCAUCAUAUAGAGAGAAUUGUAUUAUUAUUAAAACAUUUAUUUCCGAAGCAAUUCAUCACUACUUCUCAUACGAGCUUAAAGUCGACGAAUUUUGCAAGAACCAAGAUGAUACAAACGGAAGAAUAUUAUUGCAAGAACCAGUCUGACUGUAAUGAUGGAAUGAGUUCAGUUAGACCUUCUUGUAUUCAUUUACUACUCGUAGGAAAUACAGGAGAUAUGAGUGCAUGCUCAGAUUUGUCUAUUUGUAAUGCUAUUAAGGAUUACUCUCAUAAUUUUGAGAAGUAUUCAAGAUGUAUCAUCAAUGUACAUAAUGAUUUGUUUCACUUUUUAUAUUUUGUAAAGAGUGUAGAGAAGGUGUAUGGAGAGAAACGGUGGAUGGAUCUCACCUAUAAUAUGAUUUGUAAUUACGACUAUCAAAAAACGAAAGAAUUAAUGAAUUUUUUCAAUGGAAAAAACAAUGAAAAUAGUGUGAAAUGGAUGAAAGAAAAUUCUGUGAUUCCGUUGAAUAUUAUUUACUGGAGUGGACAUGGAGAGGACACAUUGGGUCUUUCUUUUCAAUUUUGUCAGUAUAUGAGCUUUGAAGAAUUCUUAUCAAUAUUUGAGAGCAAGCGUUCUGGUAGCUCUAUAAUUCCACAUUUAUUUGUGAUGGAAUGCUGUUUUUCAAACGAAAAAGUAAUUAAUAAUUUUGUUCAAAAGCACAACAAUCACUUCGAAUAUUUAUUUUUGUGCAGUUCUUUAGAAAAAUCUGGUGGAUGGAUUUGUGACGGCGUGGACAGCAAUGGAAUAAUGACCAAUUUCCUGACAGAUCCAGUUUCUUCCUAUUUUAAGGUGAAACACAAGAUAUUCUUCGAUUUGGGAAAUAAUUCUUCAGAAUAUUUUCCUUAUUUCAAUGCUGUGUUGAAACGAAAAUUUUACUCAAUUAUUGACAAUUUUCUCACAGAGGCAUUCCAGUUGGUAUAUCCCGUGGACUUUAUUAAUUUUAUUGGAUCUCAACUUCCAUUUCUCCUUUCUAGCACCAUACGAUUAUUAUUUAAGCAUUUUAUUUUGUUGAAUUAUUAUGUAGAUCAAUUGUAUCAACGACAAACUCCGUUCUCUUACCCACCACUAUCGAAACAUGCAUUGCGAGGCUCAAAGGUUGUGACUUUAUUUUCUCAAAUGGAAGAACGUAUCGACUCUCUCGUCAUGGACAUAUUGAAAUCUGACAUUGAGGAAUAG